GGAAUUAUCCCAGACCCGAGGCCUGUGAGAACUCCUGAAGACAAGUUGGAUAAAACUCGGUACUGCGCAUACCAUAAGUCUCCUGGACACAAUACCGACGAGUGUCUCGGUCUUUUAUCGGCACUCUUACGUUUAAUCGGACAACCCCAGCUUCAAAAGUUUCAAAAUUUUGAUAAUCGCCGGAAAGGAAGACCCUUGGAUCUUUCAGACGACGAGGAUGAGGAUAACCGACCUGCUAACCAGAAAAGAGCUCGUGCAAACGAUAAGGAGGUUUUUACGUUUUCUACUCAUGUCGGAACCUCGACAGACAUCCACAGGAAACUUAAAACACGUGAUCCCGUAGAUUCUUCACAUUGCAUACCUCGAGUCAACUCCAAUAACAAGCAAUUAGAUACGUCUCGACGGAAAGUCAAAGCUUAUGCUCGGGAGGCACAGAAUGCCAAGAAACGAGUCAUGAAUGUUGAUCUCCGAGAUACCAUCAACAAACGGAAUUGCCCUAUUACGUUCAGUAUUGAAGACGCUAAUUUAUUCGCCCAUCCUCAUUCCGAUGCUCUCAUCAUAACCGCCCCGAUUGGGGGGAUUCCUGUUCAUCGGAUCUUAAAAUUGGGUUUGGACCCAGCAGACAUUAGGCCGUGUAACGAUCAAAUUCAAGGUUUCAAUGGAAGUAUUUCCUGCCCUGUUGGCGAAAUAUUGCUCCCUAUUCGGUUUGGUGGCUUCGGGCCGAAGUCCAAGAUCAUUAUGGAGACUUUCAAGGUCCUGGAUGUCCAGAAUGAGUAUAAUGCUGUAAUAGGACGAACCGCGCUUUAUAAACUUCGUGCUGCUGUGUCGAUUUUUCAUUAUGCUCUGAAGUUCCCCACCAUCGAAGGGGAAGACACUCAUUACGGAGACCUACGAGAAGCCCGAAGUCUGAUGUUGCUCUCAACCUCGCGUAGCCUUCAUAUGAUUGAAGAACAGGAUGCUAAUAACUUCGUUGAACAGAGUGGUUCAAUUCUUGAUGCUGAAAGAACUGAUCAGUUCAUCCCGGAUACCGACAUGCCUCAAGCAGAUACCGACUUGCCACUUAUUGAUACCGACAUCCCUAUGACGUCGGCUUUACCUGAAACAUCAACUGAAGUCCUCAAUCAAGAUUCACCUUUUCGCGAGAAAGAUGCAAAAAUGAAUGAAGAUAUGGAUCCACGGAUGCAGUUUAAGGAUAGAGGUCAUCAUGUCCGUGUGGAACCAGUCGAAGAUAUUGAAACCAUUUACGUGGACGGAUCGGCUCAGCAGAAAUCGCUGCGCAUUUGGGCCACCCUACAAGAACCCAUUCGAUCAAGUUUAAUUCAGUUUCUCCAGUCGAAUUCCGAUGUGUUCGCCUGGAAGCAUGAAGAUAUGAAAGGGAUUGACCCACAAAAAGCAUGCCAUCGCUUAAAUUUGGACAAAACUGUCAAGCCCGUUAUUCAGAAACGUCGGAAAUUCGGACCAGACCGCCAGAAGGCCCUCGAAGAGGAAGUAAACAAGCUCAUAGAUAAUAAAUUUGUCAAAGAAGACAAGUACCCGACGUGGAUAUCUAAUCCUGUUCUGGUCAAGAAAGCCACCGGCCUUUGGCGUCUGUGUAUAGAUUUUUCAGACUUGAAUCAGGCAUGCCCGAAAGAUAGCUACCCCAUUCCACACAUUGAUUACAUGGUAGACGCUACGUCAGGACACCAACUUAUGAGUUUUCUAGAUGCCUAUUCAGGCUAUAAUCAGAUUCCCAUGCACCCUGAUGACGCUGAACAUACCUCGUUCUAUUCAGCUCGAGGCCUUUACUGCUAUGUCAUGAUGACUUUCGGAUUGAAGAACGCAGGGGCCACGUAUCAGAGAUUGGUCAAUAAGAUUUUUGCUCGCUUAAUCGGCCAUACGAUGGAAGUUUACGUAGACGACAUGUUAGUGAAGUCGGAACAGGCCUCUGACCACAUCGCCCAUCUCUCCGAAGUCUUCGAUAUACUCCGAGAAUAUUCCAUGGUGCUUAACCCCAAAAAGUGCACUUUCGGAAUUGGGUCAGGGAAGUUUCUAGGAUACAUGGUAAGUCAGAGAGGGAUCGAAGCCAAUCCCGCCAAGAUUCAAGCCAUACUUGACCUAGCUCCCCCGACAUCUCUCAAAGGCGUCCAAGCUUUAACUGGUCGACUGGCAGCCCUUAAUCGGUUCAUUUCAAAAUCUACGGGUCAUUGCAAGCCGUUCUUUGACGCUAUCAAAAAGAAGAAACCGUUUGAAUGGACCACGGAAUGCCAGAAUGCUUUUGACAACAUUAAAGAAGUUCUUUUACGAUUACCGACGUUACAGAAGCCACUUCCUGAUGAACCUCUUUAUUUGUACCUUGGUGUAAGUGACGUUGCUGUUAGUGUUGUUCUCAUACGACAAGAUGGACUUCAACAGUUUCCGGUGUAUUAUGUUAUCAAGGCUUUACAUGACGCUGAAUUGCGAUAUCCGCAUAUGGAGAAGUUGGCCUAUGCUCUGAUCAUUGCUGCACGGAAGUUGCGCCCAUAUUUUUUGGAGCAUUCAAUUGUUGUGUUUACGACAUACCCUCUCCGACAAGUCCUUCACCGACCUGACACGUCGGGAAGAAUGAUUAAAUGGGCGAUUGAGUUGGGACAGUUUGAUAUUCAGUACCGACCACGAACCGCUAUCAAAGCUCAA